AACUAGAGCAUCUCAAAGAUGAGCUUUCAUCUUUCACUACAAUAGCAGCUGUUCUUGGAUCUUCUCCCAUGAAGGGCCUUGUAGUUUGGAGAAUGCGUAGUGAAGUCACAACUUUGUCUGUUCGGGCUGAGGAGGAGCUUCCCGGGAUUGAAAUUGGAAACUCAGAUAACAUUGUUCUUUCUGGAGCUAGUCUGGCCUCUGUCGAAUCCCUAUCCAUGCCUCUUGUUCAGGAGAUUGUUCUAUCUGCAGAUAUUCGAUGUGCAGAGUGUCAGAAAAGAGUGGCAGAUAUAAUGUCAAGGAUGAAAGGUAGGCUCUUUUGCUGCCUGGGAUCUAGAUUAAAGUUAUUUUCAAUGUCACAUUAUGCACUACAUUAGGCUUUUAUUGUGUUCUUUCUCUGCUAAGCACUUCAAUUUCAAGUCUUCUUGAAGAAUGAAAAGAUGGGUAUAAUUGUAUUCUAUUCGUCUUUGAAAAGUUCCAGACUUGAUCUCCUUUUUACUGUGAUGAAAUUCUAAAAAGUAAUAAGCAGAAUCAAGGUAC